AUGAGCAGGCUGAGGCUGCAGCGGGAGAUGCAGCAGGAGGCGGCCGCCCUGGAGCGGAGGCGGCAGCGGGAGCUGCAACGGCAGAGCCGCAUCUUCAACGCGCGAGUCCGGACCAUCGGGAUUGAUAAAGAUGCACUGGAUGCCCAGGUCAAGGAGAGGAAAAUUCAAGAAGCAGCUGAAAAAGCACGACAUGAAGAACUUGCUAAUGAAAUGAAGCAAAAUGACAAGAUAAUGUGUAUGUUAGAAGAACGACAGAAAAACCAUAUCAGAAACAUAAAUAAGGCUAUCACUGAGUUUCAGAAGAAUUUUCAGAAGCCAGAAACAAGACGUGAAUUUGACCUGUCUGAUCCUGAAGCCCUGAAGAAGGAUAAACCUGCUCGACUUUCGGACGAUGAUCCUCGAUGUACUGUGUCUGGCUUGCAGAAGUUUAUGGGUGAAGACUUAAACCAUGAUCAGAGACUGAAAUUUCAAAAGGAGCAGUUACGAGAGUGGUCUCUUCAACAACAGAGGGACUGGAAAAAUGCAUUAGCUGAUCAAAAAUUUGCAGAUGAUCUUUAUGACAAGAAUAGGAUUGCAAUUGACCAAAAGACUAUGGAGCAGCAACAAAAAGAAGAAGAAAACAAGCGUGCUGUUUGUGCAGCUGUUAAAGAUUUCAAUAGAACCCAGGCUGCUGAAGUAGCUGAGAAAAAGAAGUUAGAAAAGUAUCAAAAGAUGAAGGAUGACAUGGCUGAAAUUUCCAGCCUUCUUCAAGGAGAUUUCCUGUCCGAAAACCCCGACCAAGCUAUCAGUUCCUUUGGUAGCCAUCGUGUCAUCCCAGAUCGGUGGAAGGGAAUGAGUCAGGAUCAGCUGAUGGCAAUCCGUCACUCUCAACAGCAACAAGUUCUGGAGAAACUGAGACUAAAAGAGGAAGAAAGCCAAAGGGAUGCUGAAUGGGACAGGCAGAGAGUACAGGCUGCGAGAGCACAGUUGGUUUUAGAGCGGCAUCAACAACGGCAGAACCGGGAACGGCGCCAAGCCUUAGAUAGAGUAAAUGCAGAGCUAUCUCUGGAGCAGAAAUUAAAGAACAAUUAUCUCAAAGAAGAAGAAUAUUCGAAUUUUCCAACAAGCCAGUAUUACGCACAGUUUAAUACAACCAGCCGAUGACAUUCUGGACAAUCAGCCUGAAAUAUACAAGAAAUAUGUAGACAUAUUAAAAUUUUUAAUUGAGUAAUCCCAUCUGUUAUUAUUUUUAUCUGUUCCCUACGCUGUUCAAAGAGUGCACUCAAAGUAAAGGAUGGUCUUCUAGGCCAUAUCUGCUCU